GGUGGGGGUGGAGGCGAGCCGGAGGAGGGGUGGGGGGGCGGCGCCUGCGCAGUGCGCCGCGGAGAGCUGUGUGUAUGUGAGAGUCUGACGGGUUCAAAAUGGCGGCGGCUGCUUCAGCGGCUCCUCCUGUGUGAGGGAAACAACACCCCUCCCCGGCGGCAGCGGCGGCGGCGGCGGCGGCUGCGGCUCGCAGAGCACCUUCCCAGCGGCUGGGCCUGUCGCCGCUCCGUCUAUCCUGGGCAGGGGGCGCUCCGGGAGGAGGGGCAACGCCAGGGGGCCCAUCCCCCGGAAUCCCUCCUCUGCGACUGGGGAGUAGCCGGGGGCUCGUCCCGCAGCGCGGAGCCCGGGCUGAGGGGGAGACGCGAGGGGAGUCCGGGCCCCCAGCCCGGCGCGCCGCGCCGCUCCCGCCCUCUCCGCCCCCCGGGGCCGGGGCCCGCGUUCCGGGGGGCCGGGGCGGCGCGGGGAGCCUCGGGCCGGCCGGUCUCAGCUGAUCGGCCGCCGCUCCUGGGAUCCGGAGGCGGCCGGGCGGCUGCUCGCCGAGGGCACAGCGAAGAGGGCGCUCCCCGCGGCCGGGGCUGGCCCGGGGUUCGGGCUCGGGCUGCUGACCGCUGGCCCGGGGGAGGCGGGGGCGCCCCGGGCUCGGCGCCGAGGGGUCGCGCUCCCCUCUCCUGACGCCUCCGACUCCCGGUCUCCGAAGCUUGAAGAGGAGGUUUGAUUCAGCAACUGUUUCCUCUUUUUCCGGGUCGCUCUGACCCUCUCUGGAUACUGGGUUGAUCCACGGAAAAAAAAACGAAGACGACGUUUGGGAUUUAAUUUUUCCUCUCAGUUUUUGGAAUCUUUUACUUCUCACUUGGACAAGAACUCACGAGCAAAAUCCCCGUUUCUAAUUACCCGUGAGAGAGAGCUAAUUUGGCUGGGAUCUGGAUUUGUUCAGUGCCCGCUUCACCUGUGUUGUAAACCUGGUUCCCAAGGAAGAGGAAGGCAGCCCUGGAGUGGUUUCUUCACAGUAAUUUCAACAGAAGAGUGAGAGAUGGAACCCGAAGAAGAAAGGAUUCGUUACAGCCAGAGACUGCGUGGUACCAUGCGACGACGCUAUGAAGAUGAUGGCAUCUCAGAUGACGAAAUUGAAGGGAAAAGAACUUUUGACUUGGAAGAGAAACUCCACACCAAUAAAUAUAAUGCAAAUUUUGUUACUUUUAUGGAGGGAAAAGAUUUUAAUGUAGAGUAUAUCCAGCGGGGUGGCUUAAGAGACCCUCUGAUUUUCAAGAAUUCUGAUGGACUUGGAAUAAAGAUGCCAGAUCCAGACUUCACUGUGAAUGAUGUCAAAAUGUGUGUGGGGAGUCGUCGCAUGGUGGAUGUCAUGGAUGUGAACACACAGAAAGGCAUUGAAAUGACCAUGGCUCAGUGGACACGCUACUAUGAGACUCCAGAGGAGGAGCGAGAAAAACUCUAUAAUGUCAUCAGUCUAGAGUUCAGCCACACCAGGCUGGAGAACAUGGUGCAGAGGCCCUCCACGGUGGAUUUCAUUGACUGGGUAGACAACAUGUGGCCAAGGCAUCUGAAGGAGAGUCAGACUGAAUCAACAAAUGCCAUCUUGGAGAUGCAGUACCCCAAAGUACAGAAGUACUGUCUAAUGAGUGUUCGAGGCUGCUAUACUGACUUCCAUGUGGACUUUGGUGGUACCUCUGUUUGGUAUCACAUCCAUCAAGGGGGAAAGGUCUUCUGGCUCAUCCCCCCUACAGCCCACAACCUGGAGCUGUACGAGAAUUGGCUGCUGUCAGGGAAACAGGGAGACAUCUUUCUGGGUGACCGGGUGUCAGAUUGCCAGCGCAUUGAGCUCAAGCAGGGCUAUACCUUCGUCAUUCCCUCAGGCUGGAUUCAUGCUGUGUAUACUCCUACAGACACAUUAGUCUUUGGAGGCAAUUUUUUGCAUAGCUUCAAUAUCCCCAUGCAGUUAAAAAUAUACAACAUUGAAGAUCGAACACGGGUUCCAAAUAAGUUCCGUUAUCCAUUCUACUACGAGAUGUGUUGGUACGUGUUGGAGCGCUAUGUGUACUGCAUAACAAACCGCUCCCACCUAACUAAGGAAUUUCAAAAAGAGUCCCUCAGUAUGGAUUUGGAGUUAAAUGGGUUGGAAUCUGGAAAUGGGGAUGAAGAAGCAGUGGAUCGAGAACCAAGGCGCCUGAGCAAUAGGCGUUCUGUCCUCACGAGCCCCGUAGCCAAUGGGGUCAACCUGGAUUAUGACGGACUGGGCAAAAGCUGCCGGAGUCUUCCAAAUCUGAAGAAAACCUUGUCAGGGGACUCCUCCUCUGACUCUAGCCGGGCCUCCCAUAAUGGCCAAGUGUGGGAUCCCCAGUGUAGUCCUCGAAAGGACAGGCAGGUGCAUCUGACCCAUUUUGAGCUUGAAGGCCUCCGCUGUCUUGUAGAUAAGUUGGAGUCUCUGCCACUGCACAAGAAGUGUGUCCCCACAGGGAUAGAAGAUGAAGAUGCUCUUAUUGCCGACGUGAAGAUUUUGCUGGAGGAGCUUGCCAACAGCGAUCCCAAGUUAGCCCUCACUGGAGUCCCGAUAGUGCAGUGGCCAAAAAGGGAUAAGCUUAAAUUCCCCGCCCGGCCAAAGGUGCGGGUUCCUACCAUCCCCAUCACAAAGCCUCACACCAUGAAACCGGCUCCUCGGUUAACACCCGUGAGGCCUGCUGCCGCCUCCCCCAUAGUGUCAGGAGCCCGGCGGAGACGGGUGCGCUGCCGGAAGUGCAAAGCGUGUGUGCAAGGAGAGUGUGGUGUUUGCCACUACUGCAGGGACAUGAAGAAGUUUGGGGGGCCUGGUCGCAUGAAGCAGUCCUGUGUUCUUCGGCAGUGCUUGGCACCCAGACUGCCUCACUCUGUCACGUGUUCCCUCUGUGGAGAGGUGGAUCAAAAUGAGGAGACACAGGACUUCGAGAAGAAACUCAUGGAAUGCUGUAUCUGCAAUGAGAUUGUUCAUCCUGGCUGCCUCCAGAUGGACGGAGAAGGGCUGCUUAAUGAGGAAUUGCCAAAUUGCUGGGAGUGUCCAAAGUGCUACCAGGAGGACAGCUCGGAGAAAGCCCAGAAGCGGAAAAUGGAAGAGAGUGAUGACGAAGCCGUGCAAGCCAAAGUCCUGCGGCCCCUGCGGAGCUGCGACGAGCCCCUCACGCCCCCGCCUCACUCACCCACCUCCAUGCUGCAGCUCAUCCAUGACCCGGUCUCCCCCCGGGGUAUGGUGACUCGGUCAUCCCCUGGGGCUGGCCCCAGCGACCACCACAGUGCCAGCCGCGAUGAGCGCUUCAAACGGCGGCAGUUGCUGCGGCUACAGGCCACAGAGCGCACCAUGGUACGGGAAAAGGAGAACAAUCCCAGCGGCAAAAAGGAGCUGUCUGAAGUUGAGAAAGCCAAGAUCCGGGGAUCGUACCUCACUGUCACGCUGCAGAGGCCCACCAAAGAGCUCCACGGGACAUCCAUUGUGCCCAAGCUGCAGGCCAUCACGGCCUCCUCUGCCAACCUUCGCCAUUCCCCCCGUGUGCUAGUGCAGCACUGCUCAGCCCGAACCCCCCAGCGUGGGGAUGAGGAGGGGCUGGGGGGAGAGGAGGAGGAAGAGGAGGAGGAGGAGGAGGAAGAUGACAGUGCAGAGGAGGGGGGUGCAGCCAGGCUGAAUGGCCGGGGCAGUUGGGCUCAGGAUGGAGACGAAAGCUGGAUGCAGCGGGAGGUCUGGAUGUCUGUCUUCCGCUACCUCAGCCGCAGAGAACUUUGUGAAUGUAUGCGAGUGUGCAAGACGUGGUAUAAAUGGUGCUGCGACAAGAGACUUUGGACAAAAAUUGACUUGAGUAGGUGUAAGGCUAUUGUACCCCAGGCUCUCAGUGGCAUCAUCAAGAGGCAGCCAGUCAGCCUUGACCUCAGUUGGACCAACAUCUCCAAGAAACAGCUGACGUGGCUCGUCAACAGGCUGCCGGGACUGAAGGACCUCCUCCUAGCAGGCUGCUCCUGGUCUGCAGUAUCUGCCCUCAGCACCUCCAGCUGCCCCCUUCUCAGGACCCUUGAUCUUCGGUGGGCAGUAGGAAUCAAGGACCCUCAAAUUCGGGACUUGCUGACUCCACCGGCUGAUAAACCAGGUCAGGACAAUCGCAGCAAGCUCCGGAACAUGACUGACUUCCGGCUGGCAGGCCUUGACAUCACGGAUGCCACGCUUCGCCUCAUCAUUCGCCACAUGCCCCUCCUCUCUCGACUAGACCUCAGUCACUGCAGCCACCUGACAGACCAGUCCUCCAACCUGCUCACCGCUGUCGGGUCUUCCACUCGCUACUCCCUCACGGAGCUCAACAUGGCAGGUUGCAAUAAAUUGACAGACCAGACCCUGAUCUACCUACGGCGAAUUGCCAACGUCACCUUGAUCGACCUUCGAGGAUGCAAGCAGAUCACUCGAAAAGCCUGCGAGCACUUCAUCUCAGACUUGUCCAUCAACAGUCUCUACUGCCUGUCUGACGAGAAGCUGAUACAGAAGAUCAGCUAAAACACGCGCAGCCCAGACUGAGCAGGAAACCGAUCUUCCCCUGACUCCCCAGCCAGGAGAGCCUCUCUCCCCAACCCUGCACGGGCUCUGAGGCCAGCGUCACACUCCCUCUCUGCUCUCCUGUCCCUUGAGCCCUUCCCCUACAGGCGGGGCAGAGAAGGGGGUAGACACCAGGCUUACCUGCCGGCUCCUCUCCUCCCAAGGAGAAAGGAGUAGCAGACUGAUCCGAAUCCGAGGGGAGAGCACAGGCUGUGUGCUGUCAAGGUGCCUGCUCGCUUGCUCGCCUGCCCGCCUGCCCGCUUGCUCACCGGCCGGGAGGCCGGGCUCUCAGUUUGGGGUGUCUGUGCAGCCAUCAUCUGUGCUGGGCCCUGGUGCCCUUCUCCCCAUUCAUGGUCCCCAGCCGUGCCUGGUUCUGAGCAAAUUUCCAGGGAAGAAAGCGGCCCCGUCUCCGUGGCCCGGUUCUCCUCGUGGCGUCCAGUGCGUGUCUCUCCUCCCCCACACUCUGCCGGCUCACGCAGGAGGGGCCAGUGGCCCCCAGGAAGGCCAGACCCGCGCCGAUCGUACUGGUGCUGUUGAGGUGUCUAAAACCUCUCAUCCGUGUCCACGCUCUGCCCCUGCCUUUAGCUUGAUCCUGUCCCAUGCUCGUGGUAGUUCGCGUAAUGAGGUCACCCCCCUCCCCAGACUUGCCCGCUAGUCUCUCUGAAGUCCUUGUUGCACUUACUGGGGUUGAAGCUCUUCAGAGGAGCUGGAACUGUGUACCCCAGGGACACCCCCAUUUUAUUGCUUCCUAGGCAGAUUCUGAGACAGGCGCCAUCUCCUUGUUCCCCUCCGUCUUUAGCCUCCCACUGCCCUUUCCACACGUUCCUCCUUCCUGCCUGGACAGGGCUUUCCCAGGAUGUGUGUGCUCAGAGGGAGCAGCCUAUCUCCCCAAGCCGGGGAGAGCAGAGAGCUUGGCUAGGUCCCCACCUGCCUCCCAGCAGGCUCUGGGCCUCCGCUGCGGUGUAGCCCCCAGAGCCCAGGCCUGUGUUUAGCCCCAGCGGCUCACUGAUCCCGCACCUUGUGGCUGGGUGGGGGCAGUGGGGUCCUGCUUUGAAGCCAGUCACCUGCCCUCCGCCUGUAGCCGUGGAAGGGGGUGUGCAUGUGCCUCUGUGUGUGUGGCUGAGUGUAUUACACGUGUGUGUGGAGGGAGCGAGGGAGGGGAGCGUGGUGUCUCCCCCUCCACCGCCCUGUGUCGAGCCCCAUCAGCUGCCCCCUUUUACUUUGCAUAGAACGGCCUGUCCAAAGAUCCUCUCUCUAGGGCAGCAGAGAGCUUUUUGCACUUUAAAAAAAAAAAAAAGAAGAAGAAGAAAAAAGAAAGAAAGGUCGGAAUUUCUUUUGGGUCAAUAUUUAAGUGUGUGAGGAGAUGCUCAGUGGCAGCAGCCCGUGGCAGGAGCUCACACGUGACAGACGCGGAUUUGCACUCUGCUCCCCAUCUGUGAGGAUAGCGAUAGCACAACCCUGCCCCGCCUUCUCGUCCUCCAGCCCCCUCCUUCCUGGCCCCUUCCCUGCAGCCCAGUCUCAGGCUCUCCUCCUCCUUGAGCCCCGUGGGGGAGGGGAAGGAGCCCAGGCACCAGGGGUCUGAAGCGUGAGCCACCCCGAGGAGAGACGCCAACUGCACACUUGCCACUUCCAAAGCAAUAGAGGCAGAGGGGCCCCCUCUUUGCCACCUAGCCCAGCUUUGACCCUGGCAUAGACUGGCCUCCUAAGAGAAAACUGGGUCCUGGUACGGGGUGGCAUUGUGUCGGUUUCUUCCAAUCUGCUGAUUCUCUUGGCUGCACCUUAAAAGCAGCAGUCUGCUCCCGUGACCCUCUGCCCCUUCCGUUCGUCUCCAGGCCCCAGUGACCUGGGGCUGAAACUUCGAGGAAAUGCCAGUGAUUUAUUCCAGAGUGCCUCAGUUAGGGGGACUUCUCUGUAAAGAACCCUGGGUAUUGAGCAAAAACCUUAUUAAUAUUAUUGUUAAUGACUUAUAAUUGGAAGCUUCCUGCCUUUUUCUGGUUGCUCCUGUGGAAAGUACUGAAAAGAUUGUUUCGUUUUGUUGUCUUUUUAUAAAAGGGGAGGUGGAGAGACCCCUUCAGAGCAGGGAUUGUGCCGGGAGAGUGCCUCUGACUUUGGGACAUUUCAUCCACAGAAAUUUCCAAGCUGAUGGUUUGGUUGGGGGUGGGGGGGGGUUGGUUUUUAUUUUUGUUUGUUUUUGGUUUGGAAAAACAAGCAUUUUUACCGCGCACGUAAAUUGGUCAGCAGGAAAGGGAGCCCAGGAGUGGCGGCAGAUGGACCCUACGCCCUUGCUGGGUUGCCUUUUUCUCUAGGACUGUGAGAGGGGAAUGGUUUUUAGAGGUGAGGGUUGGUCUGCGUGGAGGAAAGAAAUGUCUCUGGGGACAGAGGAUCCCGGGAGUCCCAUCGCAUUUCCUGCAAUCUGCUCUGAGAUGUGGCCUUGCCAGGAGAGCCUGCCCUCCUCAGACCGCAGGGCCAGACACCCCGCCUCCAUCUUUCCAAGCACCGGGGCGAAAAACCACAAAGGAAAGGAAGAAAAUUUAUAUAUAUAUAAUAUAAAA